AUGUUACUCUCCCUCCUCUCAUUAUUAUUACCCCUCAUAUCAUACUCGGUGGCGAUCACCAUCCCAAGAGGGGGUGUCUCACCACCUCGACCCUUAUCACGAUCAAUCGAACAGAGACAAUCAGAUGGCAUAGGUUGGCAUGGAUAUAGGAGUGUAGGAUAUUAUCCCAAUUGGGUAAUAUACAACUCGGACCCAUUCGCAGUCACAAACAUCACUGCAUCUGAUUAUACACAUAUUAUUUAUGCUUUUGCCAACGUCGAUUUGGAGAGUGGGCAAGUAUUCCUGGGUGAUGAUUGGGCUGAUACCCAAUAUCCGUACCCCACGGACGAUACUAACGAAGAAGGUAAUAAUCUUUAUGGCAACCUGAAGCAACUUUUCUUGCUUAAACAACAGAACAGAAACCUUAAGGUUCAACUUGGUAUUGGAGGUGCCACCUAUUCUUCCAAUUUCAACGGUAUCACCUCUCAACAAUGGCGAGAAACGUUCACCACUUCCGCUGUAGACUUGGUCACCAAUCUAGGUUUCGAUGGGCUAUGCCUCGAUUAUGGUAUGUCAGAAUCAUCCCGCUAG